AUUGCUCUUUACAUAGACAUCAUUUUGUUAUUUUUUUCAUCGUGUUCGUCGUUCAUCGUAGCCAUACUCAAACAAGUCAACAAGAGCGAGAGAAAAAAGAAAUUAUAAAAGGAUCUAGAAUAAAUAACGACUACACGGAAAACCGAAAUAGAAGAAAAUCGAGGCUGUUCAUUUCUCUUUUUUUUAAUUAAAUUUUCAUUGCUUGAUUUGCGUGCGCGAAUUUUGUACACGACAAACACGAAACACUAUACAGAGGAAGAGAAAAAAAAUCCAAAGGGAAUCAAUCAUCGUAGAUCAUCGUGUAAAUUGGAGCUGAGUGAAUCAAUUGGUACGCACAGGUUGAUAUUUUGACGGAAGAAGAAUAUUAUCUGCGAAAGACGAGCACAACGGAAACAAAGGGUGGAAUUCAGCUUAAGUCGACCAUCAUAAACGAAAUAUGAAUGCAAAAAAAGAUAUAAACAGACGUGUGCAAGUGAUACAAGCAAAGAAAAAGCGUCAUAAGGCCAAUAAGAAGAAGGGUCGGAAUGUUGCCACCACCGUACCAGUGACCACAAAUACGAUUGCCACCGCUAAUAAUACCGUAAUAUCAGCAACAACAACAACACCGCUGACCGACAAUGAAAAAGAUAUGUUCGAUUCGAAUGUGAAUGAUAGCGUGAAUAGUGUGCACGAUGAAACAAUUGACAAUGGCAUAACAAAUAUUGCGAACAGCAUUCUCAAUAAUAUUGAAAACAUAAAUUCACUAUUAGGCAAAGAAAUCACGUAUUCCACUGUCAAUCAUCAUCAGGAGCCACAAUUGCAGCAACCCGAAGUGAAAAGUCUCGAUCCAUCGAAUAGCUCUUCCAAUGAAACGAUAGGCGAGCACGAGGAUUUGUAUACCAGCGAAGAUGAGGAACAGGAGAACCGUGAGGAUUAUUGUAAAGGUGGCUAUCAUCCAGUUAAAAUUGGCGAUCUAUUCUUGAAUCGUUACCAUGUAACACGGAAAUUGGGCUGGGGUCACUUUUCAACGGUAUGGCUGUGCUGGGAUUUGGAAGAUAAACGUUAUGUAGCGCUUAAGAUCGUUAAAUCCGCUCAUCAUUUCACCGAAACGGCAAAAGAUGAGAUUAAAAUAUUGAAAGCUGUGCGUGAUAGUGAUCCGACAAAUCCUCGACGCAACAAAACUGUGCAAUUGCUUAACGAUUUUAAAAUAUCGGGCGUCAAUGGUACACAUGUUUGCAUGGUGUUCGAAGUAUUAGGCCACAAUUUACUUAAGCUUAUUUUAAAAUCAAAUUAUCGUGGUAUACCAUUGCCGAAUGUGAAGUCAAUAAUCAGACAAGUGCUUGAGGGUCUUGACUAUUUGCACACCGAGUGUCAAAUCAUUCAUACGGACAUUAAGCCCGAAAAUGUUCUCAUUUGCGUUGACGAUGGAUACAUCAGGAAGUUGGCAUGCGAAGCAACUGAAUUGCAUGCAAUGGGUCUUAAGCUUCCAUAUUCAUUGAUUAGCACAGCACCAAAAGAGUUUCAAGAGCAACCCAUCACAUCCAAAAUGAGCAAAAAUAAGAAGAAAAAAUUGAAGAAGAAAGCCAAACGACAAUCCGAACUCAUUAAAAAGCAGUUGGAACAUAUUCAGCAGCUCGAAUCGUUGAAUGAAAAAACCGAAGACAACACAAAUGGCGAUGGUGAAAAUGGCACUGCCGAUGAUGACGAUGACAAUACACCCGACGAACCAGAAAUUAGCAAUAAUGAUGACUCUGUGGAGAGCGUUACAUCCGCAACGACUGGUUUAGUUAAUGGAAUCUCAUCAAAAUCUGACUCAGAGUUUGAGACUAGCAAAAAGUUAAGCAAAGGUCAAGAUGACGAAUCGGAGGAUAAAAGUAAGGAUAGCUCUUCAAAGUCCAAUGAGAAUUGUAGCGAGGGUAAUGCAAAAUCAAGCAAAUCAAAUACAACAAAAACAUCACCAAUCGCCUCAAAUCGAAGUUCGAAAAAUGGCAGCAAUGGCAGUUUUGUUGGUGUUGGUGUUGGUAUUGGUAGUGGUGGCGGUGCAGGUGGCUGCGGCAUUGGUGGCAAAUUAAAAAUUGAAGAUAACAAUGCAAUAAAUAAGAAAUUGUCGGUGCCGCCCAAAGAUCCAGCAUUUGAGGUGUGUGAUAUUGAAGUGAAAAUUGCCGAUUUAGGAAAUGCGUGUUGGGUGCACAAGCAUUUCACCGAAGACAUUCAAACGCGACAAUAUCGUUCAUUGGAAGUGAUUCUUGGUGCAUCGUAUAAUGUAUCAGCUGAUAUUUGGAGUACAGCGUGUAUGGCAUUUGAAUUGGCUACCGGUGACUACUUAUUCGAACCGCAUUCGGGUGAAAAUUAUUGCCGUGAUGAAGAUCAUAUCGCGCAUAUUAUCGAAUUGCUGGGACCAAUUCCAAAAAAGAUCAUAUUGUCAGGCACAUUGUCACAUUUUGUGUUCAAUAAAAAAGGUGAACUACGGCAUAUAACCGGUUUAAAACCAUGGGGAUUGGAUGAAGUGCUGAUUCAAAAGUAUGAAUGGUCAGUGGAAGAUGCAACACAAUUUGCCGAUUUUCUACGACCAAUGCUUGAAUUCGAUCCAGAUAAGCGUGCCACGGCCGCUCAGUGCUUGGAACAUGAUUGGUUAAAAAUCAGUUAGAACACUGCUUAAAGCAAAAGCAACAACAAAAUAAAAAUAACACAAAAUAAAGUAAAAUAAUGAAACACUCGUGUGCGAGUAUAACUCUCUGUUGAUUUCAUCGAUUAGUCAUGUUGUUAGUUGGACUUGUCCAUUCCCAGCGAAAUAAUUGUAUAAUCUAUGCCUCAGUGUGAUUUAAACGAUCAUCCGUUAAGACGAUAACAAUAUUUAAACAAGAAAAAAAAAACACAUUAUUUAAAUGAAAAACAAACAAAAUAACUUAAAAAAAUGACGAACGAAUUAAUCGACGAGACAAACCAAAAUUAUCUGAUAAUAACUCACUUCCUGCUUGAUUUGAAUUUUCACUCCUGUUUUGAUUUUAUUUGAUUAUAGUUUUUUUUAGUAAAGAGAGUGGAAUAGAGCGAGAGAAAAGAUUUGAAAAUUGUCGCCUGAAAACGACUUACACGAAAAGAGACAAGAGAUGAAGAAUAAAAAAAAAUACACACACAAACAUUGAAAUUGUAAAUGCGAAUGCAAAUGCACAUUCAACACAAAGUAAGAUAUUAGAAUCAAUAAAUUCAAUUCACCGUGAGCUGUUUGUGAGCAACGUGGCAUUAAAAACAUUUUAAUUAAAAUUAACAAACAAAAAAAAAACCACCAGAUCAAUUUUAUUAUAAACACUUAUACACACAGUGCAUCAUACUAAUGUUAAUAUUAAAUUGACGCCCAAAUAAUCAGCCCACACUGUCAUAUCAAAUCACGUAAUUUAACGUAAUUUAUUAUUACUAUUAAUCUUUUAUUAUUAUUCAUAUUAGUGUUUUUUUCUUUCUUUCGUUCUUUCAUUCUUUUCUCCAUAAUUCAUUUUUCCGGUUAUCCAAGUUGAGAGACAGUGAAUAUAUAUUGAUUCACAGGUGCAGGCAUUGGUUCUCUAUUCAGAGUUCGAAUGUUUAUUAACUUGGCAUUCAAACGGCACAACAUUAUGAAAAUUUGUGUAUAUUCCAUGUAGUCGACCAAUUUGAAUUUGGAUUUUUUUUCUAAUAUGCAAUCCAUUUCGGAUAUAGUUUUUCUUUAACUUACGUGUUUGCGUGACAUCCACUUUAAUAAGCAAUUGAAAUGAGAACGAAACUAAAAGCAACAACAAAAAAACUCCAACACACACACACACACACAAAAAUUAUCGAAAAUGAAAUCCGAAAUAAGAAAAUACGUAUAUUCACAAAAUAUUUCACCUUUGAUUAACAUAAGAAAAAAAAAAUCGAAAGAAAAAAGAGAAACAACAACAUUUACAAAUAAAACAGGAACAAAGAAAAAAAAUCCUUGCAACACAAAGCCAGUGAAUAAAUUCACAGUAAUUUCGAUGUAAUCAUGAAUAAUAAUUAUUGUUUUUCUGUUGGAAAAUGAAAACAUUGUUUUCGAAUUGUUCAGUACAUAUUGAUCGAAAUGAACGCAUGCAUUUCGGUCGAUUCUUCUAUUUUUCCCCCUUUUUCUCUCUACUCAAUGCUAAAAUCAGCGCAACACAUCAACUACAAAAUUAAGAGUAAGAAAUAAAUUUGCUUAUCAAAUUGUAAAAGUUCCACCAAAACUGACUUAAAUUCUUUUUAAGGAAGAGAAAAAAAAGAGUUCAAUUCUGUUAAUCAUUUUAGUCGAUUUGUU